AUGAGCGGCUUCGAUUCUGUGGGAGCGCUGUUGGCAGAUAUCGCGAACCUCGUCGUCGAAGGCCUACGCAUUUUUAGCCUCUCUGACAAGCGGCAUUGGCGGCAGGAUGAGUACGAGCAAGUCAAGGCGUUGGAGGAGGUCCUCAACGAAGCCAAGAAGGACUUUCAAGAGCUCUGCCCUCUUGUCAAUGGACAAGCUCAAUACGAACACGACCGAAAGUACGAAACCAUUCAAGAGCUGAGGCUCCUGCGCGACAAGUUCCGCAGUCAUGUCCAACUUCUUAGAGACUGGAGUCGAUCAGGAGGGCCAAUUAAUCCCGUAUGGAUACGAGAAACACACUCCCUUCAACGAGAGCUGCACCAGGCACAAUGUCGAGCAGCCAGGCGUGUAUUUACCUCGUCACAAGAGUCCACCCAAAGGUGCCUCGGUGCCUUUCUAGUACGACGCGUACAAGCAAGGGUUACAGCGAAUGCGAUGCAACAAUUAUCACAGCACGACUACCAAAAGCGACAGUUGGAGGAAUUUGGGGCGUGCGCCAAGAUUGGCUCGUUUGAUCGAUUCGGAGAAGAAGACGUUGCCUUCAUUUGCGACUUUUGCGACGGCCAUUUGAUAUGGGAGGAUCUCGAAAACCCGCCCACCGAACGAAGCGCUCCGUAUUCAGCGAAACCGCAAGGGUACAGUCAGCAUUGGCAAGCUACAGGCGCAACUGCGUCGGGACCGCAAGAGAAACAGGUGAUAUUCCCACCUCUCGCCAUCGCAAAUCACAUUGCGCCAUUGCAUGGUGAUUGGCAGGCAAAAUUGUUAUGUCCAUUUUGCGAGGAUGAAGCCAGGCAACCGCAGGACGAAGACGAUGAGGAGGACCUAUACAAACCAAAUGAUGAGUUUGAGGAUGUGGCAUCUUUGCAAGAGCACAUGGCGUGGCAGCACGCAGAGGCUGAUCCCAAUGGACACCAGUCCAGUAACUGCCUGGUCAUGUAG